ACAUCCGGUGUCCUUCUAGCAAAAUCUGACUGAUCCGUUUACCUGCAGUCGGAAAGGUAAAAGGAGCACGAGGAGUCCAAAUGGAGCCCAGAAAGAAGUUGAUCAACUCGGUGGACGGCUGUGUGGACGAGGCUCUCUGCGGCCUUGUGAGGGCCAGCGGGGGCCUUUCUCUGCUGAAGGGCCACAGGGUUCUGCUUCGGUCCGACCCGGAGAACCUGAGGGGCAAAGUGGCCCUGCUGUCUGGGGGCGGGUCGGGACACGAGCCGGCACACGGGGAAUUGGGUUUUUUUGGUUUUGGAAAAACAACCCCCUCCCCCACAGGAGCCUCCGGGGUGCUUCUCAUCGUGAAGAACUACACCGGCGACCGCCUCAACUUCGGAUUGGCCGCGGAGCAGGCCCGUAACCACGGCGUCGCCGUUGACAUGGUGAUAGUCGCCGAGGACUGCGCCUUUGACCAACCCAGCAAGGCCGGGAGGAGAGGCUUGUGUGGCACCAUCUUCGUGCACAAGCUUGCGGGCGCCUUAGCAGAAGAAGGCUCCUCAUUGGACCAGAUUGUUUCCAAGGUGACCGAGGUUUUGAAGGGUGUCGGUUCACUCGGCGUGAGUCUGUCGCCGUGCAGCGUUCCAGGCUGCCGGCCCUCUUUCGACCUGCCGCCAGGUGACAUGGAGCUGGGCCUGGGAAUCCACGGCGAACCUGGAAUCAAGAGGUCAAAGGUGGCGUCCGCCGAUGAGGUGGUGAAGACCAUGAUAGAUCACAUGACCAACCCUGACAGCCAAUCGCAUCUGCCUCUUAAAUCGGGAGACAGCGUGGUCGUGUGUGUGAACAACCUCGGAGCGCUGUCCUGUCUGGAGAUCGCCGUGGUUACGAAAGCGGCCAUCGUCUGUCUGGAGGGUCGCGGUGUGGUGGUUGCCAGGGCGAUGUCGGGGUCGUUCAUGACGUCGCUGGAGAUGGCGGGAGUGUCGUUGACCCUGAUGAGGGCAAACCAGGAAACACUGAGGCUGUUUGAUGCUAAGACCAGCGCCCCCGCCUGGCCAAACCUCAGCAGUGUGUGUGUAAGCGGACGCAACUACGUCACAGAACCUCAAGCCGCGAGCGCACGGCCACAGGACGACGCCCACUCUGAAGGGCCCCUGAGUCCUGUGAUGCGUGGAGCGCUGGAGAGGGUUUGUUCCACGCUGUUGGAGAAGCAGGAAGAACUCAACGCCCUGGACCGCGCUGCCGGGGACGGAGACUGUGGGAACACUCACGCGGAGGCUGCUAAAGCCAUUCAGGAGUGGCUCCAGGAUCACGUUGUCCCCGGCGACCCCGGACAGCUGCUAUCGGUCCUCGCUGGAUUGGUGCAGGAGAAGAUGGGCGGGUCUUCAGGAGCGUUGUACAGUCUGUUUCUGACGGCAGCGGCUGGUCAUGUGACUGAGGGCCAGAGCAACGCUGCAGCCUGGGCUGGUGCAAUGCAUGCUGGGACACAGGCCAUGAGGAGGUACGGCGGUGCUGAGCCUGGAGACAGAACAAUGUUGGAUGCUUUGUGUCCGGCUGUGGACGAGCUGAUGGCGCUGACGACAGCACCCCCUGGUGGACAGUUGGCUGUACUUCAGACGGCCGUGCAGAAAGCGGCCUCGGGGGCAGAGGCGACCCGUGACCUCGCGGCGAGGGCGGGGCGGGCCAGCUACAUCGCAGCCGAGCGGGUCACCCUGCCCGACCCCGGCGCCGUGGCUGUCGCCGCCAUCCUGGGAGCCGUGCUGGAGUCGCUGGAGAAGCAGAAGUAAUCUAGCGGAGCACGUUGUGGUUAAUAUUGGACAGGACAACACGAUUAUGGUCCUUCUGAUAUGAAUGAAAAGAUAUGCGAUUUGAUUAUCAAGGUCUGAAAUGUUUUAUUGUGAAAAACCGGAGAACUUUAAAAGAACCAGUCUGCAGGUUCUUUGCAGAAUUAAAGCAGUAAACCGGUUAUUAAACCAUCUGUUUUAUAUUUCUUUUCAUUCAUUCUGUUUCCCCGUGUUAUUUUUCACCUCGUCUUUCCUUCCGUUUACCGUUCUAAUAUUCACAAAAUAUGAACAUGAGGAGGAAGUGGGACACCAUAAAACCUUCUAACCUCAAAGUAUAGGUCCGAAUAUAAAAGUUAAGAAAAAUAUUUUUAUGUAUAUUUUAUUUUUUUACCUUUUUUUCAUUUUUUUUUUUGUUAGGGGUCGUCAGAUUGUAGAAGGUCACGUGACUUUAGACUCAAUCAAAUACUAUUGAAUAAAAACCUGAUGAUUUAACACGUUUCUUUUAAAUAAUAGUCAGAACUGAAGCGUGAUGAGGAAACUAAAAUAGUCCAAUAAUAAUAAUAAUAAUAAUAACACAUUCUGAUUCAUUUGUUUUUAAGUCUCUUACGUUGGAACAACAGCUGUACGUUCAUGAGAUGCACUUUAU